GGUGAGUGAUCUGUUGGGAUGCACUGAGAGCAGCGAGGUCACCUGGGACACACCUGACAUGGAGGUCAAGGGUCAUCUCAUCUCAGUACCUGACCUGCUGGGUGGCAGUCCGGAGGCUGUUGAAAGGAUGACAGAACUACAGGAGAGAAGACGCAGUCUCGAGACUCUACUGAAUAGCAGACUGGCUGAGCUACGGAGAGUCUGUCUGCAGGAGGCGGAGUUGACAGGAGAGCUUCCUGGUGAUUUCCCCCUGGAGGCUGGGGAGAGACGCCCCAACGUUCGCCGAAGGGUCGGAUCCUACCGCCACGGACCCAAGACUAUUAUAAAGACAGAGGAGGAGGUGUGUCAGAGGAAGCCGAAGAAGGCGCUGUUCAGCGGUGCCCUGAGACGCCGUGUAGACUCUGAUCAGCACCCGGCGCACAGCAAGAGGACUGUGCACAGAGGAUGUCACACGGAUGACACGGUGAACUCUGAGAGCAGCUCCACGUCUGAUUCUACAGGGGACCAUGACAACGAUGAGUCUUCGGGUGUGGCCCCAGACUGCCUGUCCCCGUCUCGUCCCCGGCUGGCCCCUGGUAAUGGUAAUGGGAGCAGCAGUAGUCCAGACAGCAGGCUGUGUAGGAAGCUUUCUCCUGUUGAGAUCUAUUAUGCGAUGAGGACCACCACGCAACCCAACCCACUGGCCCUCUCCGCCAGGUACUGCUGCGGCUUCACACUAUCUCUCUGACCUAAUGCCGAUCAUUCACAUGUAUUUUCUAAAGUCCUUUUUUUUUUACAUCAGUAAUUGUCACAAAGUGUUUUAAAGAUACCCAGACUAAAAAAAAACAACUGAG